AUCGAAUUGCCACCCCAAUUCGCCAAGUCUGCCCGCCUCAUGUCCCUGAACUUAUAAUCCUAGUUAGUCGAAAAUAGACGGAAAAAGCUUCUCGACCUCGGCCGUCUAUAUGGAAGAAACCGUUGGUAACGGAACUCAUGGUGCUCAGACCGUUUCCAAAGAAGACUCCGGAAAGAUGCUUUACGGAUGUGAUCACUAUAGGAGACGGUGCAAACUCCGCGCCCCUUGCUGCAACGAGGUUUUUACCUGCCGCCAUUGUCACAACGAAGCUAAGAGCCGGUUGACCAAUCCCAAGGAAAACCACGAACUAGUUCGCCAUGAUGUCAAGCAGGUGGUUUGUGCUGUGUGUGAUACUGAGCAACAGGUUGCUGGAGCCUGCAUGAAGUGUGGGGUCAAAUUUGGACAGUAUUUCUGCAGAAUUUGUAUAUUUUAUGAUGAUGAUACAACGAAGAAUCAGUUUCAUUGUAAUGAAUGUGGGAUCUGUAGGGUGGGAGGCUCUGAAAAUUUUUUUCACUGCCAAAAGUGUGGCUCUUGCUAUGCGGUCAAUCUGCGAGAUAAUCAUGUGUGUGUCGAGAACUCUAUGAAGAAUCACUGCCCAAUUUGCUAUGAGUUUCUGUUUGACUCAGUGAAAAGCACAAGAAUUAUGACAUGUGGACAUACAAUGCAUAUGGAUUGCUACAGUGAGAUGGUAGCCAAGAACCAGUAUCGGUGUCCAAUCUGCAGCAAGUCAGUGCUCAACAUGUCCCGUACAUGGGAAACAUUAGAUCAGGAGAUUGAAGCCACAGUCAUGCCUGAGGAAUAUCGAUAUGAAGUUCGGAUACUUUGCAACGACUGCAAUAACACCAGUAUAGCAAACUUUCAUGUUAUUGGCCACAAGUGUAGACAUUGCAAUUCAUACAACACCCGCAAGCUAGCAGCAGGGCAAAAUGGUCAAUGACCACCUCCUUAUUCGGUUGCUCGUAGAAAUUGGGUGUGGAUGCCUCUUUGCUCUUAUAGUAAAAAAAUAGUUUCUUCUUGCAUUUCAGUCGCCUAACCUCUCUAUAUGAGAUGUAUUGCACCACAAGCCAAUUAUGCAUAAUAGAGCAACUUUUAUGCAUCACCACAUUACUGUAGAGAAACUUCACAUCAUUAUUUGUGCCAAAGAUUCUGCUUAUUCAAUCAAUAGUCGAAAGAUACUUUUAAAUAUUGUGUAAUAAAAGAAAGAUAACCCAAAGAAAUAUGGUUGUGAUCGAAA